AUGAGAGGAGCCAAAGGUGGUGUACAGAAGAAGGUCCAAGACGUGUAUGUGAAUGCACACUAUGUCCAUUGCUAUGCUCACCAACUUAACCUCAUCAUGCAGCAGGUGACUUCCCAUAUCCCAAAAGUGAGUAAUUUCUUCUCAGACCUGGCUGGAUUCUCUAGUUUUUUUUCAAGAUCUCCAAAGAGAACCAGCGUGCUCGAUAGAGUGGUGGCCCACAGACUCCCAAGAGCAAGCACAGUGAGGUGGAACUUUCAUAGCCGAACUGUGAACACUGUUUUUGAGCACAAAGAAGACCUGCUCCAGUGUUUUGAAACCAUCAGGGACUCAGGAGAGUUUGAUCCUAUCACUGUGAGAGAAGCUGGAGGGUUUGUGAGGCUGCUGGAGGAUGACAGUUUCAGCUUCUUCCUGAAACUGUUCCAUCUCAUCAUGCCUAAUGUGGACCUUCUCUACAACCAGCUCCAGAAGCGGACCAUUGACUCAGUCUUUGUUCAGGGAAUCAUGCAGCAGUUCACAAACAACAUACAAAAGAUCAGAGAUUACCUCCCUACUCUCUGUGGAGAACACAGUGGCAGUGUAUCUCAGCUCGCCAAGAAACGCCGCACACUGGGCCCAGAUGAUCUUCAGAGGCUAGCCACAGAGGCAGACAGAUUCCAGCAGUACCGCAGCCAGUUCCCUGAAGCAGCACUGAACACCACCAUGGAGGCUUACCCACUGCUGAACAAGAACAAGCUGAAAACUGAACUGGCUCUCAUCUACAGCAACGAUGAGUUCAAGAGCUGCAGUGGUGCUGUGGCUCUGUACCAGCUCUUCAUGGGGAACAAUCUUCACGACACCUUCUCAGAGACUGUGGCGCUGCUGAAGAUCCUCAUCACAACUCCUAUGACCACAGCUGAGUCUGAGAGGUGCUUCUCAACACUGAAGAGAAUCAAGACCUUCCUCAGGAACACAAUGUCACAGGAUCGUCUUAAUGCAUUGGCCAUGCUCUCUAUGGAGAAGAAUCUUGUCAAAACCAUCCCUGACUUCAACCAAAGAGUCAUUGAGAAAUUCGCUGCUGUCAAGGAUAGAAGGGCAACAUUUAUGUACAAAAAGUAGAACACUA